GAUGACGUCAGACUCCUUGCGGCGUGGCUGCGUCUCCUAGGUGAUCAUUUUGGCAUAAACAAAUGACAACGACCAUUGCUUUAUUCGCCAUUUUUAGGACAAAAAAAGCUUAAUAAACAGUAGGAAGCUUAUCAUAUCUAUAAAAUGGGCGACAAAAAACGUUGCAAACGUAUUUUUCUGAACGACGUGGACAAAUAUUCCUCCAAACACAUCGCCGAGUAUUUAUCGAGUUGUGGGGUAAAGGAGGUGGACGAAGAUGAUGACGAGCCGCAGCCCCAUGAACCUGCUUUCCAGGUGGUCGGCACGGUGUCUUCAUCCAGCGGUGAGAAACCAAGCGGUUUGCAUGAGCACUAUUCGUCGCUAAGCAGAGAGGAGCUACUUCCACGCUUGCUGGAGUGCGACGUGGUGGUGUACAACAUCUCCGAAAAUGCAAAUCAAGACGACAUUGAAGACGUAACUUGGGCAAUCACAGCCCUUCAGGGUGAAAUGGAAAACUUCAGGUCAAAGAAAACAUUCAUUUUAGUCUCGACGGUGUUGACAUGGGCAAUGACCAAAAGACCGGAAACGGAUGAAGCCGAAAAGUUAAUAGCAGAGGAUGAGUUCCGAAAAAGACGGCCGCAUCCCAGCUUUAAACAUCACAACAAUACAGAGAAACAAGUACUUAAACUAGGAACAGGAAAAAAGAAAAAACUGAAAGGUUACGUUGUAGCUGCAGGGAUACAGUAUGGAAAAGGAGAAAAUCUCUUCCACUACUUUUUCAAGGUGUCUUGGCUGUCUGAGUUUUCAGAAGUUCCCAUAUUUGGAGAGGGCACAAAUUUCAUUCCCACCAUCCACGUGCUGGACCUUGCCAAAGUGAUACAAAGCUUGAUUGAGGUCAAACCCAAGUCCAGAUAUAUUCUUGCAAUUGAUGACUCCAAGACCAAACUGAGGGACAUAGUACAGGCGGUAAGUAAAGUGCUUGGAACGGGGAAAUUAUGUCAAUUACAAGAGAAGGAAGCCAUUUCUACAAAGGCCUUUAAGCAAGAGGAACUGGAAUAUGUCAGCAUUGACCUUCGCCUGGAUGCUUUUGUUGUGAAAGACGCCUUUAACUUAAACUGGUCAGCAGAAAACGGCAUGAUUGAGAAUGUAGAAGCCCUCGUGGAGGAAUACAGACACACAAGAAAGCUCCUUCCAAUCCGAAUCUUUCUCACUGGACCGCCAGCCGUGGGUAAAGGCGGAGUGGCACGGAAGCUGAGCGAGCAUUAUCGAAUCCAUCACAUCAACAUCCGGGACGUCGUUGAAGAAAAGAUGGCACACUUGAAAGAAACCUCGGCGAGAAUCGAUGCUGACAUCAGCCAACAGGAAACGGCACAGGAUGAACUGGAAACGAUAAAAGAAAGCAUGGAGAAAAACGCAGGUCGCCUGGAGGACGAUCUACUUUUAGAAAUUUUGACUGAAAAGCUCAAUUCAAAGCCUUGCAGGAACCAAGGAUAUGUCUUGCAUAGCUUCCCGAGGACAUUUGAGCAAGCAAGUCAGAUGUUCAGCGCUGAGGAUGCAGAUAUCCAAGACCCGUCCGCGACCCCCGCAUGCAACAGUAUCACCCCAGAGUAUGUGUUUGCCCUGGAUGCAUCUGAUGAGUUCCUGACGAAGAAAGUUCAGGAUCUACCUGAGAGUGAGGCCCAGAAAAGAGGCCUAACCCAGGAGGAGUUUAUCCCUCGACUGGUCAGAUUCCGUCAACUCGGCAGGGCCUUAGAAACUGCCCUCGACUACUUUGAUGAGCUGGAAAUAUACCCGACGUAUCUUGAGGUGAAAGACGACGACCUCGAAUUGACACAGAUCAUGACCCACAUCACCGAGGCGGUGGGCGCUCCCAAGAAGUACGGCCUGAAUACCGAGGAGCUGGAGGAGGAGGAGAGAAGGAUGCGAGAAAUGGAGAGGAAGCAGAAAGAGGCUGAAGAAGCAGCCGAGAGGAAGCGCAGGAAAGAGGCCUUGCUCGCUGAGAUGGCGGCGGAGUAUGAAGUUUGGCAAGAGAAUUUGGCGGAGGUAGAAAGGCAGGAGCACGAGGUCUUGGAAGCCAAAGCGCUCCCGCUGAGAAACUAUUUGAUGACGUAUGUGAUGCCUGCACUCAGCGAAGCCUUGCAAGAAUGCUCCAAGAUCAAACCCAACGAUCCAGUCAGCUUUUUGGCUGAGUAUCUCCUUCGGAUGGACAAAGCUUGAUUGAACAUCGUUUGAGUGCACUGGUCCCAGUCAAUGUAUUGUUGAAGCAAUCAAAUCAUGGUAAAGAUGAAAAUAGUAAGGAAUUAAUGAAUUCAUGAGAUAUAAUGAUAAUAAAUGCUAGAAAUGGUCAAAUGCA